AACACGCUCUGCUAGGAGCGCCGAGUACAUCCGGGCUCUUUGUGGCGGUGUCACAAGCCUGUGAAGAUGGCGGCGGUAGGGAGGAGUACACUGCUAGCUGCUAGCAUACCUGUAAAUAACAGCACAGCAGACAGCCAGAGCCAGGAGGAGGAGGACGGACAGAAUCUGUGGUCCUCUAUACUGAGCGAGGUGUCGACGCGGUCGCGCUCCAAGCUGCCGUGCGGGAAGAACGUGCUGGUUCUGGGUGAAGUGGCAGCUGGAAAGACCACGCUGGUGGCCAAACUUCAGGGUGUGGAGGAAUACAUGAAAGGUCGCGGCUUGGAGUAUCUGUACUUUAACGUUCACGAUGAGGAUGUAGACGACCAUGCACGGUGUAACGCGUGGGUGCUGGAUGGGGAUCUGUAUCAUAAAGGCCUACAGAAAUUUGCGAUGUGUGUGGAGAACCUGUCUGACUCUCUGGCUGUGUUGGUGGUGGAUCUGUCCCGGCCCUGGCUGGCUCUCGACUCGCUCCACAAAUGGACCAGCGUGCUGAGGGAUUACCUGGACAAACUGCGAGUUCCUCCUGAGACCAUGAGAGAGCUCGAGCACAGAUUGGUAAAGCAGUUCCAGGAGUAUGUGGAGCCAGGAAGCGAAGGAACGUCUCAGAGGAGAAAUGCAGAAUCGGAGGAGGAGAGUGUCGUGCUUCCCCUGGGUGACAAUACACUCACAUACAACCUGGGCAUUCCUCUAGUGGUGGUGUGUACGAAGUGUGAUGCGAUCAGCACUUUGGAGAAGGAGCAUGAUUAUAGAGAUGAGCACUUAGACUUCAUCCAGUCACACAUCCGUCGCUUCUGCCUGCAGUACGGGGCAGCGCUGCUCUACACAUCCAUGAAGGAGAAUAAAAAUAUAGACUUGAUAUAUAAAUACCUCAUCCACAGGUUAUAUGGCUUUCCGUUUCAUUUCCCUGCCCAGGUGGUAGAGAAGGAUUCGGUGUUUAUUCCAUCGGGAUGGGACAAUGAGAAAAAGAUCGCCAUCCUGCAUGAAAACUUCCAGACCAUAAAAGCAGAUGACAACUUUGAAGAUGUAAUAGUGAAGCCUCCCGUUAGAAAGUUUGUACAUGAGAAGGAAGUCCAAGCAGAAGAUGACCAGGUGUUUCUCGUGAAGUUGCAGACUCUGUUAUCUAAACAGCCUGCAGCGACUGCGGGAAGGCCAGUGGACACCUCAAACAGAGCCCCCACCGGCUCCCCGAGGACGACCAAUCGCUCUGCGGCCGCUAACGUGGCUAACGUCAUGCCCAUGCAAUCAGGUACCAAGAAGAUUGAUCCCAACAUGAAAGGAGGUCAGACCAGCGAGGGCGUGCUGGCUAACUUCUUCAACAGCCUUCUGACUAAGAAAGCAGGUUCUCCUGGGCCUGGCCAGCCGGCAGGAGGUGGCAGCAACACUCCUGGAACAGUGCGCAAGUCUGGCUCUAAGUUGGGUUUGACCGACGUCCAGGCGGAGCUCGACCGAAUGUCCAGCAAGUCGGACCUGGAUCACUCCGCCCCCAACGCAACCACGCCCCCUGCUGAAAACGACGAAUCCUGAAAAAGAAGCAGGAUGACUCACUGUCACGCCCCCAACCCCCCCCCUUCUUCAGCCUCUCCUCUCUUUCUGACCUCUGCCCUGCCCGUCUCUCCUCCACUCCCUGAACGAGGGAAUGACGUGUUUCCAGCGAGGCCAGUGACUGAGCUGCAUGUAGAGCCGAUUGCCACUCUAUUUCUGUUUCUAAACACACGCAUGCACACACACCACUACCAGUGUAUCUGUAUGAACAGUGAGCAGAGGGGUCAUGAAGAGGGUGAAAAGCGAAAGUAACGGAGGAAGAGAGAUGAAGGGGUUGCAGGACGUACAGCGUUUGUAUGGUUAUGAAUGUGAGGUAGGAUUCGUCGUUUGGCAGGAAGGUGUUUUGUGUAGAUGUACUGUCGUGUUUAUUGUCCUUUAAUUUAUGAUAAACAAACAGAUUCAUAGUUGAGCAAAAAAACUCGUUAUGAUUUCUCUGUACCCAGAGAAGGGAAGCGUUUUCUGCUAGCCUUUUCACAUGCACACUACACACACGUGCAGACACUAAAACCUGUGCUUCCGUUUGCUUAUUAAAGCUCACAGAGCUUUUCCACAGUACAGCAAACCACCACGUCACUCACCAUCACACUCAGUUUGAGCACAGUAAUGAUUUUGGCACUACAGUUCCUCAUUAAUAAAUUAAUUCUGCAAGGUUGAACUUUACAACAAGGCUGUUUACAAUGUAGAUGGUUUCACAAACACACUGUCAGUGUGAUGUAUCAGUAUCAGUGGAUGUUUUCUUCUCUGCAUAAUUAAUGGAAGCACUACAAGCCAUGCAACAUGCCCCGGUCUUCUUCUCUGCACACUAGCCCUGGAGCUUACGUCCAGCGCACUGAGUGUGUGAUUGUGUGUGUUGAGAAAGAGGUGGUAUGUAGUCUAGUUGUAGGACAGGAGGAGGGUAGGUGGUAUCGUCUGUAGUCAGUAAACCGCUAGAGAAGGUUCCUGAAGUCACUCCAAGGGAAUGAGGAAGGAGAGGUAGAGGAGGAAGGGCAUGCAAGAUCAGAAGUCACUCUAUCCUGUUCAACUGUACAGUCAUUCAUGUCCAACUUCUGGGUGGGUGGUGGAGUUAAAAAUAAAAAAACAACCUUACAGUAAUAAGGUCCUGUACUUUUACAAGAUGUAGUCACAUUUCUCUGGAUCAGGUCUUUAAGCAUUCUAUUAAAGUUGUAUUUAUUGGGAA